AUGUUUGUUUUCUCUGCAACCCUUCUUUGUUUCUAUGUUCAUGGCUUUUGUUGGGUCUACAUUAAGAGGAUCAUGGACUCAGAGGAGAUAUCAAUUUGGAAAGCAAUGAUCAAAACUCCUGCCUCCAUUGCACUAAUAAUAUACUCCUUCAUUUCUGUCUGGUUUGUUGGUGGCCUCACUGUUUUCCACACAUAUCUAAUCAGCAAAAACCAGUCCACUUACGAAAACUUUAGGUACCGGUAUGACGAACAAGCCAACCCGUAUGACAGAGGAGUAGCUGAGAACUUCAGAGAAAUAUUUUGCUCCGGCAUUCCCCAAUCCAAGAACAAGUUCAGGUCUAAGAUUCCAAUUCCGAAAGAACCAGCAGAUUCAUCUGGAAGAAGGGCUGCUGAAUCUCUGAACCCUGUGAUGAGAAAAAUUGCAGGAGACCUUGAACUAGGGACCCCAGUGUACAACGAAGUUGAGGAGGACGAAAGCGAUUGCGAAGAUGAGUUUAUCAAUGACGAGAAAAUUGGCAAGGGUAGUGGAUUAGAUGAUAAGUCCAUGGAUUUGAGCAGGAUGUUUCAUGCUGAAGGGGAUCAGAGAGAAGUUGCUUCGUUUCAAAGGCACUCGUUAUGGGAAAUAAGCAGCAAAGAAAAUGGGAGAUGA